ACUUGUCCUCCAUUUUCAGACCCUUGUCGAUCAACACAGCGCACUCGCCAAAAACUUUCUCGAGAAAUCGAAACCAACCCAAUUUUCAGUGCUCAAAUGGGUAUGGUAUUCGGAAAAAUCAGCGUCGAAACUCCCAACCACGAAGUAAUUCAGACCACGGCCGACUACGAAAUCCGGCAAUACCCACCAGCCGUGGUGGCCCAAGUCACAUAUGACCCAUCUGAGUUCCGAGGCAACAAAGACGGUGGUUUCACACUCUUGGCCAACUACAUAGGCGCCUUGGGCAACCCCCAGAACACCAAGCCGGAGAAGAUCGCCAUGACCGCUCCGGUGAUCACCAAAACAGGUGAGAAGAUCGCUAUGACGGCGCCAGUGGUGACAAAGACCGAAGGGGAGGAAAAGAAGAUGGUAACUAUGGAGUUUUUGUUGCCGGCGAAGUACCAGAGAGCGGAGGAGGCGCCUGCGCCGGUGGAUAAGAGGGUGGUGAUAAGGGAGGAGGGGGAGAGGAAGUAUGGGGUGGUGAGGUUUGGGGGAGUGGCGAGUGAUGGAGUGGUGGAUGAGAAGGUGGAGAUGUUGAAGAGAGCAUUGGAGAGAGAUGGGUUUAAGGUGAUUGGGGACUACUUGCUUGGAAGGUAUAACCCACCUUGGACUUUGCCUCCUUUUAGGACUAAUGAGAUUUUGAUUCCUAUUGAGUGAGAGUCACACAGUGCAUGUAUGAGCACUAUAUAUAAAUAUAUAUUUGUCAGUGUGUGUGUGAGUCCAAAGUUGAUAUGUGAAGUUUUGAUUCAUUCCUCAUUAGUAGUUUAACCGCAAACUUGUAUGUUCUGGGUUUAGUAAUCUGGUGGUGUUGUAGAAUAAGUUUGUAUGAUUUUAACUUUUCAAACACACUCUUGUUAUGUAAUAUAAAUGACAAGCAUAGCUUGGUUGAUUCAUAGCAGAAAAUAAAGUCGCUUUUGUAUUCUCA